GAUCGCGCGGCGUUUGUUCCACCCGCACAAGAAAUUCGAGCGAAGAUGAAGGUGGUCAUGGCGUCCGCGUUGGCCGCCACGACCGUCGCUGUUGCGACGCAGCUGGCGUCGGGGACCCCUUCCUCCCGCGCUAUCCACGUAUGCUCGUCCAGUGUUGCCGCGCUCAAUGGCGUGUACGAAGUGGACGAGUCCCUUCGCUCGGACAACGCACCCGUGUUUACACGCACGGAUGAAGAUGGCGACGACAUCGCAACAAGCGAUUAUCGCCUUUUUCGCCACCAAGGGUUUUGGGCAUUUGCAAACUUUGCAUCGUGGCCUCCUGAGGUUGAAUUCCGCUGCGACCCGUACCGAAACAACCAUGAAGACAGCGUUGCUUGUGAGAAGGACCAAGUCGAGCCGCCGCUCCGCGGGUACACCUCCCGCCAAUCGGUCUUGUCGCGACCUCCGACUUUGCAGCUGCACCCAUGCAGCGUCGACCUUGGCGUGACAGAGGUAUAAUGAACAAGGUCGCUCGAUGGUGCCAGUGUUAUCGUGGCUCAAUUCCAACGCACAGCGAGCUCUUCAGCUUGAAACGUAAUCUUCGCCAUGAGAGCGACGUGGUCCGA